GUCGUCCUCCCGAACAGAGUUGUUUAGCCUUUCGUUCACGCCCUUCGUUUAAAUCCCCCACGACCAGUAACGCUCUCCAAGGACCUCCGACCAUGAUCUUCGCCCGUGCUGCCGUCGUCCUCACCUUCGCCGCCUCGGCCUUCGCCUACACUGUCACCCAGCCCUCCAACAGCAGCGGCUGGAAUACCAGCGGCCCCAACACCGUCAAGUGGUCGACGGUCUCCACCGAUGCAUCCAACAUCACCAUCGUUCUCGACAACCAGAGCGAGACCCCCCAGUACUCUGAAGUGCUUGCAACUGAUAUCCAAGGAAGCCUUGGCUCGUACACCGUGAACCCUCCUGAUGGCGGGUGGAAGUCGGGAACCGGCUUCCGCGUCAACCUCGUCAAGUCGGAAAGCGAGGAAACAACCAUUUACGCCCAGUCGGAUGACUUCACCAUUACCGAGAGCACCUCGAGCACCUACUCCAGCGGUUCGUCCACUGCGACAAGCUCUACGGCCUCGUUUUCAUCCACUGGGUCAGUAUCUGUUACCUCUUCGUCGUCCGGUUCUUCAUCCGGUUCUUUGUCCGGUUCAUCCGCUUCCACUUCUUCUGGUGCUUCUGCUUCUGUCGCCAGUUCUGCUUCGUCCGGUUCCCACACCGCGACUGGCUCAGCCAGCAGCACUUCUUCCUCCAGCGCUGCUGCUGCAGGCAUGGGUGUCCAGACUGGCCUGCUCAGCCUGCUCGCCCUCCUUGGUGUCGCUCUUGCCUAAAUGACCGCUCC